UCAACGUGUGUAACUUGAGGUAGUUUUAAUCGUUUCGAUAGGGAGGGAAUAUCAGUGAUGAUGCAGAUGACGUGCGAAAUUAGAAUAAUGCGCAGCGAUCAGAUAAUAAGAAGAUACUAAUAUAUUGUUCGAAUUCGGUUAUAAAAUAAGUACAAUACAUGUGUAAGGGCUUUGCUGACCAAAGAUGAUAGAGCCACCAGGAUGGAAUUCCAAGAAGGACGAGAGCAUCUACAAAGCCGCGGGUGCGAUGCACCUGCGGAAGUACGGGGAGUUCUUCGAGAACUUGGUGGAGAAGUCCUGGGGAAACGACUCUGCCUUGGAGUAUGUCGUGGAGGGUCCCGUGCGGCUAGUGUACAAAACUACCGAGGACAUCAGCAUCAUCUCCCUGGUGGAGAUGGAGAACAAAGUCUUGUCCAAGUUGCUGGCGGCGGUGGCAGGUACAUGCAGGGAAAUCAGGUUGCUGAAGGUGGAAGCUGCUGGAUUCUACGCGAAGCUCUUUGCGCACGGGGAGAGGUGUAUGGACGACGACCUCAUCGACGUGACCAAGCUGCUGUCUGAUCUUCAGGAUCUGUCUAUCUUUGCCAACCGAAUGUCAACUGUCGUGUACCUGACUACUCAGCAGUUGGCGAGUCUGUCGGGCGGUGUUCACGAUAUCUAUCUGCCAGCCUUGAUAGAAGCCUUCGUGGACCUGUUUGUGAUCCUCACGACCCUCGACGAGAUCGUCGAUGCGCAGCCGGCGAUAGUGGAGCAAUGGAAGAAGUACAGGAUGCACGUGCGCUCUAUGAUGCACAAUCCGUCGCAGUUCGGGGUCGCCGAGACGAAGCUGGAGACUUUCGAUCAUCUCUUGAGGGACCUGCAGGAGAAGCUGCUGCGACGGAAUAUGUUUCUGAGAGCUAUCGAGCACGUGAUGGACGUGACCAAGGGUCCGUUGAUGAACGAGCAGAUCGUCAGCUACCUGAAGAACACGAUGACGGACGUGGAGAGUAAGUCGAGCGAUCACGCCGCGUUGAACAAGAACUGGAUAAGAGUCAACGUCGGCAUCGUGGUUGCGAUCAAGCUGCUCGGCUCCUGCGACAAGAAGCUGAUCAAGAGGGUGUUGGAAGCGAACAAGAGGUUCUACGCGGUCACGUUGAUAGGGAACGUCGUGUGGGUGCCGAGCAAGUUCCUCAGCGACAUCGUGCCGAAGGAGACCGGUAACGCGGUGAGUCCGCAGGUGGGCGAGAAGAUCCUGCAGGCGCGAAUCCAGAGAUUACCGCACACCGUGAACAAUCUGAUACACAGAGCGACCGCUUGGUGCGUGGAGAUGCUGAGCAUCCUGACGAGGAUCAAUCUCCAGGUUUCGGACAUAGGCCAGAAGCGCACUUUGCUCACCGACCUGUUGGCUCUAUUGUCCCAGAUGAAGGAGACCAUCUCGUUCGUGACGAAUCUACACGCCUCGCUGUCGAAGCCGAUGAACCGCGGCACGGUGCAGCUGAUUUGCAGGCUGGUGGAGCUGCAGAAGUCCCUGGAGACGAUGUUCCAUGCGCUCGGGCCGGUCGUGGUGCAGUCGCAGGCCCAGGUGCUGCAAUAUAUGGCUUAUUACGUGCUGGCUCUGCUGGAGACCGCGCGUAAAGGCCUCGUGCAAAAGGACAAGGGCUACAGCAGGGAACGGCUGGACGCUUUGUCCUUGAUAGGACUGAGCAUGCGGCUGAUGGGCGGCCCGGCGAGCGCAGACCGCCGGCUGAUAGUGCGCUGCGCCCUCGCCUGCGCCAACCAGCUGACCGACACGUUUCGCGAGGAGGACGUGGUGAAGCUGAGGUACCUGUUGGACAGCUACGACUCCGUGGCCGAGUUGUACGAGUCCGUCGACGACCUCUGCGACUACUCGUUGCUGCUGCAUCAUCAGAACAUGCUGCCGGCGUACUUCACCUCGAUCGUCGACGGCAACUCCAGCGUUUACCAUCUCUCCCACCUGUUCGCCGCCUUUAACAGCGCCGUGGGCGAGCAGGAGUCGGGCGAGCUGAGGGACAAGCGCAUCGUGGAGCUCAGGGAGACCCUGGUGAAGAGCGUGCUGAAGCCCGCCUGCCACGAGAUCGAGACCAGUCUGCGGCUGCACGUGCACGCGCAUCUCAAACUCGACUCCACGAAUCCCUUCAACGUCGGCGCUAAAGACGGCUGCAGGGUGGUGCGGGCGCCCCCGUUGCCCCUGGCCGAGAAUAUGGUCUGCGCCAAGAGGUUCGUCGAGCACUACCUGGACGAUAUGUUCUACAAUCUAACGACCGUGGCCCUGCACGAUUGGAGGACCUACCGAACGAUGCACGCCUUGGCCAGCUAUAAGAUGGGCCUGGAUACCGUGCAGGAUCAUUUGCCGACCCAGACUCUGGAGCAGGGCCUCGACGCUCUCGAGAUCAUGCGCAACAUUCACGUGUUCGUUUCCAGGUACCUGUACAACCUGAACACGCAGACGUUCGUGGAGCACAGCAGCGGCAACAAGCACCUGAACACCAUCGGCAUCAGGCACAUCGCCAACUCGAUCCGCACCCACGGCACCGGCAUUAUGAGCACCACGGUGAACUUCGUCUACCAGUUCCUGCGCGUCAAGCUGCACACCUUCUCGCAGUUCCUCUUCGACGAGCACAUCAAGUCGCGGCUGAUGCGUGACAUCAGGUUCGUGCGGACGCAACGGGAGGCCGGUGGCGCUCCUUACACGUACGAGCGGGCGGAGAAGUUCCAGAAAGGUAUCCGGAAGCUGGGCAUGACCGCCGACGGGCUGAGCUACCUGGACCAGUUUCGGCAGCUGAUCACGCAGAUCGGCAACGCGCUGGGCUACGUGCGGCUGAUCCGUUCGGGCGGCCUCCACGCCAGCUCGAACGCGGUGUCCUUCCUGCCGGAUAUCGAGCGAACGGUGCCGUUCGAAUCGUUGUGCCGCGGGCUGAAUUACAGCGCGAGCACGCAGGCCGCAGCCGGUCGACUCGAGGCCGAUAUCGCCGACCUGGUGCGCAACUUCACCGAGGGCAUCCAGUACUUCAAGCUGCUGGUGGACGUGUUCGCGUCGGCAUUCCGCGACACCAAGUCCUACCACCUGCAGCAGUUCUACGCGAUCGUGCCGCCGUUGACGCUCAGUUUCGCCGACAAUUCCGUCUCCAACAAGGAGAAGAUGUUCAAGAAGAAUCAGCAGGGCGCUGCCUUCACCGACGACGGUUUCGCCAUGGGCAUCGCCUACAUCAACGCCCUGCUGGACCAAAGCGCCGAGCUGGACGGGCUGCACUGGUUCAAGACGGUGGAGCAGCAUAUCAGCCAGGAGAGACACGCCGCCGAGAGCAAGGACGACCACGGCGACGAGAAGCUCCAGCAAACCAGAGCGCUCACGUUGAAACGUCUGGCCGAGAGGAACGCCGAGUUCCAGCUGUUGUACUACAGCCUCUCCGGCGCCAGGGUGUUCUUCAAGCAGCCCGACACGUAGCGCGAGACGCUUGCUCGGCUUUGAUCACGCGAUUAAGAGCACCUCGCGCUCCACCUGUUUCCUUACCGAUCAGUGGCGGAUUUUUACAAGGUGCCUCGUUCUAAUACAAGUUGUUGUUUCCAUUAAAAUGGGAUAUCCUGUACAGGAGCUAACGAUGCUGAAUCAUCAGGGCCCUCGUCGGAAAGAGGCCACAUUCCAGUUAUCCCUUCUCAUUUACUUCUUAAUUACUUUUCACAAGCUUGAUGAGCUUUUUAGCGACUCGUAAGUUACAGGCUCCCGAAAUAGUAUCCGCAUCAGGCCUCGAAGAGUCACCCGUCCGCCACUGUUGCUGGCCACUCAGAUCGACUUCGAGCGAUUCAGAGGGAGUUGGGCAGCCAUGAAGGCUCAGACGAAUAUAUGUACGAUAGCAUUUCGGGUCUUAAGUUGAAAAAGCGAGACGAAAAUAUCGGACUAGAAUAUGGGAGAUGAAGGAUCGCGAGUUGGAACUUCAGCCGGAGGAGGUAACGAACCGGGAUUGAGAUUAGCUUUAGAAGUUGAUUUUGCUGAAUUCGCAUCUCUAAUCUUUAAUUUCUAUUCCGCAAUCUCUAUUCCCAAUGCUCGGUUUGAUGACACGGGCCUAAUACGCGGAGUUCCAAAUCAAUGCGACUCGAGAUCCGGCUUCUCUUCCAUUUAUUCUCGUACAUAACGUGUCCGUUGUAGCACAUACUGUUGUGUCUGUAAAUGACUUAGACUAUGGUUAUUUUUAUAAAUAAUUUUCUACAUUCACAAUAUAUCGUUACAAUAUCAGAUUCCUGUUCAAUAAAUAAUGGCUAGACUGAG